UAUCAGUAUUUAGGUUUUUUUUUUUCCCCCACUUCGCCCCGACAGCGUCUAUAACGUAUUAAUUUCUCCUGUUUUCGCGCCAUUAAUCGAAUUAAUUAAACAAUAAUUAGAGAACUCUAGGUGGCCAGGCGGAUAGGCUUGAAGCCGCGAAGAGAGAUCGGGCUUUCCCCUGCCCGCGUGUUCCGCCGCCUUCUGCCAGCGCGAUCCGCCGCCUUCCGUGUACCAGCGCUCUCCCUUUCGAUCCCCCUGGCUCUCAUGGAAGCCGAUGUUUCUAUUGUCGUAGUCCCUAGGAUUCUUCUCUUCAUCCAGACACCUCAGAAUCUGAAUUGGCGGUGGGUCGUUUCGGUUUGAUGAAAUAAAGGUUGGAUUUCGAAGUGAUUAGAAGUAUAGGGUGGUAAAUACAGUGUUAAACCGAAGUGUUUUUUUGUGAGCUUGUCGAGAUGGGGUUGUUGAAUUCCAAGGGAAGUGCGCUAUUUGUAGGCACUCUUCUCUGUCUGCUGGUUGGGUUUGCAGCUGCGAACGUGGUGCUGAUUGGGAGGAACGUGUCAUUGUCAUUCGAAGAUGUCGAAGCAACUUUUGCACCGACAGUGAAAGGGUCUGGUGAAUGUGGUGUAUUACAUCUUGCUGAGCCUCAAGAUGCAUGCACUUCAUUGACAAAUAAAGUUGAAGAGGGCCCAAAUCCUCCAUUUGUGUUGAUCAUAAGAGGAGGAUGCACAUUUGAUGAUAAAGUUAGACAUGCAGAAAAUGCCGGAUUCAAGGCUGCUAUUGUAUAUGACAAUGAAGAUAGCGACGUCUUGAUUUCAAUGGCAGGAUCUCCGGGUGGCAUUCAUAUACCUGCUGUGUUUGUCUCUAAGGCCUCAGGCAAGAUACUGAAGGAAUAUGUAGGCCGUGCAGACGUCGAGUUGUGGAUAAUACCAACAUUUGAAAGUUCAGCAUGGUCAAUUAUGGCUAUCUCCUUCAUUUCACUCCUCGCCAUGUCUGCUGUGCUGGCUACAUGCUUUUUUGUGCGCAGACACCGCAUAAGGCGUGAACAGCCUAGCAUUCCUAAUGUCCGAGAGUUCCAUGGGAUGAGCAGUCAACUAGUCAAAGCAAUGCCAAGUCUCAUAUUCACGUCUGUUUUGGAAGAUAAUUGCACUUCAUCAACGUGUGCUAUCUGCCUAGAAGACUAUAGAGUUGGAGAGAAGCUUAGAAUAUUGCCAUGCCGUCACAAGUUCCAUGCAUUUUGUGUUGAUUCCUGGCUCACCACCUGGAGAACAUUCUGCCCUGUUUGCAAGCAAGAUGCCAGAGCAGGCAUAGCCAAUCUUCCAGCUUCCGAGUGCACCCCAUUACUCUCUUCUGGUGUGGCAAUUCCUUCCUCAACUGCUGCACUAUCAUCAUUCCAUUCAUCUGUGGCAUCAUCUCCAUCUUCCAAUAUACAAAUUGCUUCCACACCUCCUCAGUCAGAAUCAACUUCUCGAUCUCCAUUCCUUUCUAUUCCUCCUCGUAUUCCUCACCCACAUAGGUCCUAUAAUCACUCACGAGCUAUCAGUAUAAGCAGAAGCUCUGCUGACCUUAGAAAUGCUUCAUCUCAUAGAUCCCGCUCCUCUCAUAUAGUCUCCCCACACUCCAUGGAUUUUCCUUUGUCUUCACCCAUCCAUUCAAGAUUCACAUCCCCUUACAUUCCUGGUUCGAGUAAUGCAUCUCCAAGCUAUCUUGCUGGGUCAUCCAGUCGACUGUCAUACCUCCGGCAUUGCAGGGAGUCGGGGGCAAGUCUGUCUGCUUUAGCCUCAGCACCAUCUUUGCCCGGAUGUUGAUUUUGCUCAAUUUCUGGAGGGAGUUCUCAAACUGGUUACAACCCCAAAUUUGCGGCUUAUGAUACACCAUGCUGGGGUACGGGAAGGCAGCAAUGGGCGUGUCAGUUCAAGGGUGCAGCAUCAGUUCGUCAUACCAUAAAGAAAUGGCUGUUUCAGGAUCCUUGUGACAAUCUUGUUUGUUACUGAUUGUUGGUUUUAUUUAAUGAGUUUAUUAUAUUGAGUGUGAACUGAACAGUCAUCCUUGUCUUGCGAGAUUGAGAAAUGCUUACUGUAGAUGCUUGUCGUUAUUUGCUUUGGAAUUGAAUAUCUGGACAUAGGAGGGCUCAUUUUUCAAGCUUGGAUUUCUCAAUCUUCAUUCUUCUGUGAUUAAAAAU